ACAUAUAAAGUGAACAAUUCAAUUGAAAUCAAACUGAAAUCUUUGAGGGGGGAAAAUAAGAAACUCACAAUAACGUGGUGCAGCUGGUCGCUGGCUGUGAUGGUAGAUGUACCAUGGCCCGGUGAGUCAGUGGAUGAGGUGUUGCUGCUAUUUCUUAUUCUGUGACCUGCCUGUGUUUCAGGUUUUAGAGUAAAAAUUUUUUUAGAGCUUUAGAGACCCAGGCACUCUGAGCUUGUUGACGAACCUGGACAUUAGACUAUCUUGUCCAGGUGUGAUAGGGCUGUGUGGAUGCCAGUGGACCUGGUGUUCUGUCCUUGAGCAAGGCAGUUAACCCAAAUUACUCCCAGGUUGUCGCUGGAAAUGUGUGCUCGUGGCUAACUUACCUGGUAAAAUCACACUUUUUUUUUUAAAUCUGCCAUGGACCUGCACUUAUUUUAGCCAUGAUCAGCCUUUAAUCAAUCUAUGGAUAUGGGCUGAGUGAAACAGGGCAGUGGUUAUUUGGUCAGGUCAGAUUUAAUACAGCUGGUCACAUAGCCUAGCACCUGGACGCAUUGGACAUGUCGGCAAAAACCCUUCUCAACUGGUGGCGCACACUCUUACGUGGCGGCCAGGGACCUUCUGGAGGGUACAGUGUUGGUGGCCUCAAAGAUAGCAGCAUAGAACAAGUUGCGAUUUUCUAGGCAGCAACUAGUGGAACUUGGUGUUGUUUCUGAGCUGUCGUAUUGAGAUUCUAUUUUCCAUACCUAAUGGAUUUCUGGAGCUUAUAUACCUUGUCAAGUUUUCUGUUUGAAUUGCAGUUUCCAUGUACCGUUGUUCGUAGCAUGAUGUGACUUUAGCCCGGUGGUUUGUUCCAUGUGGUCGGUCCUGUGAUACCUUCUCUGUCCUGUUAGGGGGCGCAAUUGGUGGUUGUAGUGAGAGAGUCCGGAAAUGGGAAGAAGAAGUGAACUUUACGACCAAUUCAUGCUUACGGUUGCUUGGCUAGCAAGCAUGCUGGCAAAACAAUUACUUAAUCUGUGAUUAUUAAACGAUGUGCAGGUGGUCAACAGAUGGUAGAAGGUGGGUGUCGUCCAGUCGGUGACUGACCGUCUGUCUCCACUAUGGCGCUGGGCUCCUGCGGCCUGUUGGCUGUGGCGUGCCUUCUGUCUCUGGCUGGGGGGUUCCUCUCUUUGGAGGAGGAGGAAGUCCUCCCUGAUGAGUGGGUACUGCUCCACGUCGUGCAGGGCCACGUCGGGGCGGGCAACUACAGCUACCUGCGGCUCAACCACGACGGCAGGAUCGUCCUGCACAUGCGCAGCCUCAAGGGGGACGCGGACCUCUACGUGUCCGACCAAACGCUUCGGCCAAACUUCGAGAACUACAAGCUGCAGUCGGCCACCUGCGGCCAGGACGUGGUGGUGGUGCCGGUGGACUUUGAGAGACCGGUGGGGAUUGGCAUUUACGGCCACCCGUCGCACCGGGAGAGCGAGUUUGACAUGAGGGUGUUUCAUGAUCAGACAGCACCGCAGGACUUGUUUGAUAAAAGCUCAUACCCCUCGCAGGAGGCCAGCGGGAAGGAGAGCUACUCGACUGCUCCUGAGGAUGACUUCCAGGAAGAGGAGUCCAUCUUCUGGACUAUUCUCAUUGGGAUUCUGAAGAUUGUACUUGAAAUUCUGUUCUAAGAAAUGUGCGCUACUGCUUGCUGCCUUUGUGCUUUCACAUUUGGUUUGAAGUAGAGCUGAGCAUAUUACUCGUUAAUCUCUGGCCUCCGUGAUCUGGAAAUUGGACAGAAAUGUACUUGUGGCCAAAGGGUGGAAAAUCAAAGUGAGUUUUUUUUGAUCAAACUUAUUUUCAUAAUUCAGUUGGUCAUCUUUUGAUUACUGAUGAAAUAGCCAUGCCAUAUUUUUCUUGUGAAUCCACCUUUUGGCUGAGUGUUACCUCUGUGAAAUGAUUGAAUCAAACCACUAAUCAAUGGUGUAGGAGUGUGUUCAAUAUUGUGGGGUACGCAUUUAAUAUUUUUCUCUGUGAUCUCAUUGGGGAGGACCAAUUUACCUGCUUCUAAAAUUGGGGUGGUGGGGGGGCAUUACGCCCUUGCCGCUAGUUCACAAUGUUGCGUACCUUAAUCCUUAUGCCAACGGAUUAAGACACCGGUUAUGAAAACCGUUAUAACAACUGUUCCAAGAAAAUACUAUGACCUAACAAGAGUUUUUAUGAUUGGUAGUGUCAUGUUUAGUUGACUUAAAGUGCUCCUUCAAAGAAAAUCAUUCUAUAACCCCAGGCCAAGGAGUUCAUGGAGUUUGGCCACUCUGUUGAGUGGGUAAUAAAUGGAGGUGACGGGCACUUCACUGAAAACUGUCAUUUUGAAUUCUAUUUUGCGUUUCCAUUUGAAAAUGUUUGCUCCCAUAUGUGCCUAAUGAACAAGACCUAGGUCUGAAUUAUGCAACAACUAAAUGUCAGUAUAGCUGUGAGCAGAGAUGUUAAACAGUGCCUUUUGAUCAGUCAUUUCCUGGGUGAAUGGCAAUGCAUCUCAAGCCAACUGAGUUAUUUUAUACAAUUUUCAAAUAAAGAUAAGUAAUUAUCUUUGCAAAA